ACGUAGGUCUUGUUUGGUUUGCUGACAUGUUGCCAGCAGUGUGUGGCUCCGAUAGCAGAGAGGCUACGUGUCUGUCCGCUGUGUGCGUAAGCUAUGUGUGUGUGUGUGUGUGUGUGUGUUCUGAGAAGAGGAGCGAGGAAAAACUAGGACCUGCUGUCUGUAAGAGUGUAAAGGAAAGUAACAGCGAGCAGCCAGACAGCGUGUGAUGAGGGACGUCACGGCGAAAGGUACGAGAAAGCAGCACGUUUCACGUCGUCCCAGUUGAACUGGUCCUGGCCUCCGCGGACCCCCCCAGACCGCGAGGAACCGAACAUGUUGUUUAAGAAGAGAAAAGCGACGCGCCGUUAGCUCAACCGGCGGACUUUAGCUCACGUUAGCUCACGUUAGCGCACGGCCCUCGGCGUUCCACUCAUCCGGGUACUUUCGUGCUAUGGCUGGACCCAGGCCCGUGGUGUUCACCGGCCCGUCCGGGGCUGGGAAGAGCACCCUGCUGAAGAAGCUCAUGAAGGAAUACGACAGCGUCUUCGGCUUCAGCGUUUCCCACACAACCAGAAACCCUCGUCCCGGAGAAGAGAACGGCAAAGAUUACCACUACGUCACCCGGGAGGCGAUGCAGGCGGCCAUCGCAGGCGGCGACUUCAUAGAGAGCGCAGAGUUUUCGGGGAACAUUUACGGGACGAGCAAAGCCGCGGUGCAGGACGUCCGUGCCAAGAACCUCAUCUGCAUCCUGGACGUCGACAUGCAGGGCGUGAGGAACAUCAAGAGGACCGACCUGCAGCCCGUCUACGUCUCCAUCCAGCCGCCGUCCAUGGCCGUCCUGGAAAAACGUCUGAGAGGCAGAAAAACGGAGUCGGAGGAGAGCCUCCAGAAGCGCUUGAAAGCAGCGCAGGUGGACAUGGAGUUGGGUAAAGAACCCGGCAUUUUUGACGUCCUAAUUAUCAAUGAUAAUUUGGAGGACGCCUACGAGCAGUUAAAACAGGCUCUUCUUGAGGAAAUCAAUAAGGUGAAGAAAGUCAACAUGGUUUCGUAGGAGACGGCAGCAUCCGGACACCUUUUUAGUCUCACACACCUACACACACCUACACACACCUACACACACACACAGACCUCCAUUCCAGCCGUGAACAUUCCCUCAGACGGGCGGUCUGUGAAACUCCGACAAAACAUACCGUAGCGGAGUCACAAAUGUAUCGUUUUUUUAUAUUUUAUUUAGAGGUAUUUAUAGAUAUCAUUGAGUCAUUUAUUUUUAUUUUUUUACUCCGCUUUCCAUAUUGUUAUUUUCAGGAGGGGAAACUCUUUAAGCUGGUUAUGUUCCCGGGGCUCCUGCAAGUCAUUCCAGUGCUGGAAAAAUGCUUUUUUAUUUGACAUUUGUUGUAAAUUGAGACAAAAGUCCCAUUAUCAACCCGAGAAUAACGGUCUAGCGAGGUUCCAUCCCAUAAUGGAUAGGAAAUGUGGCUUGAAACGAAAGAAACAAUAGAUUGUAUAUUGUCUCUUUUAGAAUAAAGUUUAUUUUGGGUAAUAUAAGAACCAUUUUUUUUAUUUUAUUUUUUUUAACCAUUUGUAAAACUUUUAUAUUGCGCAACUUUCAUUUUACAGUAAAGUGACCGUUUUGAUUCAAAACAGUUUUUUUUUUUUUUUUUUUUACUUUUUGGGGGGGCAAUAUGAAGGAAAAUAAAAACGUUUAUUUUUUAUUGCUUUAGAAUAAAUAAUAUCUCGUUUGCCGAGAGCAUAUCUUAGACCGAGGUACACACAGGAAUCCUGAAGUUAAAUGUAAUAACUUUUUAAGACAAACAAACUAACUCACUAAACAUCGAUUGUAAGAUGGCGACAGUCGGCAAUAACACUCAAAACCUCUUGAUGGCGUACUCGCACUCAGACUCUUUUGUAUCUGGCAGGUUUAUUUAUAGAUGUAUGUUGUUAUUGUGUUGUAUUGUUAUGGUGCAAUUAAAGGAAUUGGAGGUC